GGACACUUCUAGCUGAAGUGAGUGAGCUACAUGACCUUGGAGAGUUGGUGUUGUCUGAGAACAACUUUUCUAGAGUCAUUCCAUGUUCUCUUGGCAGAUGUAUUUGCAAAUGUCCGUUCGUGAUAGAAGAAAUCAUGGGAGAAUACCACCGCCAAGAACACUUUUCCUAUGGAGAUAAGUUUCUCAUCUUGACUUAUGGAUGUGGAUAUUGUGGUUCUUCUCAUCGUAAUAUUUCUCACGAAAGAGACUGA